AUGGUGCUUCUUUCCGGAGAGGCGAAGGGGGUCGGGGAAUGCCAGAGCGCCGCCGCCGGGAAGCAGCUGCAACUACCCGCCUCCGAGCACGCCGCGCCCGGAGCCCAGGAAGCGGAGGCCGCCGCCGGCACCACUAGCAUUAGCCCAGCCGCCCGAGUAGAGCCGGCGCGGGCAGGCGACGAGGACGAGGACGACGACGACGAUGUCUUUGAGGAGUACGAGGACUUCUCGGAGCUUCCGGACACGCGCAGCAUCGCUUCAGACGACUCCUUCUACCCGCCGCGGGCUGCCGACGACGACGACGACGACGACUGGUCGCUGGGCGAGUCGGACCCUUCUGACAGCCCGGAGCCGCUCACUCUCUUCCGAGCCUGUUGCACCAACAAUGUGAUCGUGCUGCGAGCGCUCAUGCGCCAAGGUCCCGAAGAGGAGGAGGUGAAGGAAACCGACCGCAACAAGCGGACUGGCCUUAUUGUUGCCUGCUACCAAGGGUUUGUGGAUAUUGUAAUAGCCUUAGCACAGUGCCCUCAUAUUGAUGUAAACUGGCAGGACAAUGAAGGGAAUACGGCUCUAAUUACAGCUGCCCAGGCAGGACAUAUUACGAUCACACAGUAUUUACUCAACUAUUAUCCUGGCCUUGAUAUUGAGAAGAGGAAUGUCUUUGGAUUUACUGCACUCAUGAAGUCUGCAAUGCAAGGCCGAACAGAAUGUGUCAGAGCCUUAAUGUUGGCAGGGGCAAACAUUAAUGCGACAGACCCAGGCCGUGGAUUCACUCCUCAGGAAUGGGCGUGUUUCACAGGAAGAAUAGAAGCUGCCUAUCUUAUGCAGAGACUUAUGGACAAGCCAUAUGCUGAGCAGUUUUGUGACCACUAUGAGCUAGAAUGGCCAAAGAUGAAGGAACUUCUUGCCAAGGCUGCAGAGCCGAAAACCUGUUUGCAGAGGAUCUCAGAAGGUGUGCGGUCAAUAGUAUCUUUCAAAGCUUUCAAUGGCCCUGAAGAAGAUGGUGUCCUUAAUCAUAUGGUUAGGGUGACAACAAGUCUAAGAAGCUCUUUUGUUGCUAUUGCUUGUAGGACUGUGUGCCCUGGAAGUCCCCCUGGUAUAGGAAAACACAGGCCUGCUGUGCAGGAAAUCCUUAGAAAACAAAGAGCUAAGGAACUUCGAUCUUUAGAGAACAGAGACCAUUUUAACAGCUACGAGAAGCUGUUUCAGAACUCUAGAAUUACAUUAGUCUCCAAAACAAAGGAGCGUCGAGCCAGCCUGCAGCCUUUCAGUCUAAAUGUACCUCAGGUGAGCAUUGUGAUUCCAAGGAAAUCCAGCCUGUUGCCAUUGCACUUGCUGAGAAGGAGCAGUGUGCGCCCUGGGUUCGUUAUUCCCAAAGUCCGUAUCAACAAGGCUCCUCCACCUACUUUCCAGCCAGAGAGAGUGAGGCGAAAAAGUAGUGCCAGUGAUGGGACCUACCUGCAGAUUCCCAAGUGGAGAUAUAAAGAGCUAAAGGAAGAAAGGAAAAAGGCAGAGGAGGAAGAAAAGAAAAAAGCAGAAAAAGCUCAGCAACAGAAACAAGCGUCUCCCCAGAGAAACAUGACCUGAGCAGCGACUGGAAGACAUGACAGUGGCACGGGUAUAACACACAGCCCAGCAUGUUGUAUGGGGGCAGCUCAAUGCCGUAAUUUAAGACAGGGAAAUUCAGGCUGAAGACAGUCUUCUACAGAGCAACUGACACUAAAGGGUCAGUUAAGAAGUGGAAGGAAGGAUUUAGGGAAUUUGUGAACAGUUAUAAAAUAUGGGAAAGAUUGUUUCUCAUAGAGUGUAAAACUGCUGUCCUCGCAAAAGUAGGACAAGGGGUUAUGGGAUUAAGCUCCAAGAAAACAAAGUUAGAAAAGCUUCCCUGAUAUCUAGACUAACCAUAAAAGAGUAAUUAGGCAACUGAGUAUGUUUGCAAGGGAAUUUUUAUAUUGUCAUUAUAAUUGGAAGUUUUUUUAUUUCAAACAGAUUACAUAAACACUGGCCUCAGGAUAUAUGAAAAGACAGUCUACAGAUUUUGUGUAUUGUGUUCCCCCUGCCCUGCUGAGUUAAAAUAAAGUCCUUCAGCUUGUUGCCUGCCUAUAAGAAAAUAUUAAUAUAAUAAAAUUCUAAAAAGUAUAGUAA